AUGGCGGAGACAGCAAUCGAGUUGCCCUACUUGGCAUCGCAUUACGCCAUCCCCGAAGCAACUCUCAGCACCCUGAGCCAGGCGCCUACUGCGGAUCUUGUCAAUCAGCUUCUCGAAUCCAUUACCAAGAAAGCGCAUGCUUUCGACGAGCUUAAGUCGGAUAAGCUGCGCUUGGAGGUUGAACUAGAGAAUGCUGUACGCAGCAACGAGUCCAAGAUUAAGGUGUUGAAGGGCACGGUGGAGAAAGGCCACUCCGAAAUCGAAGACCUAAGGAAGAAGCUGCAUGAAUCCGAAAACACGCGCUCAGCCCUCGAAAGUGAAAUUUCUACCCUCAGAUCAUCGACCACCACCAAUGAAACUGAAGUGAGCUCUUUGAAGUCGCGCAUCACCUCCCUUGAGGCGUCUAAUCGAGAUACUCUCGCUCUGCUUGAAUCUAAGUCUGCCGCUCAUGACAAACUUGCCGAGGAGCUAUCAGCACAACACAAGAAGACAAUUGAGCUACGCCGCGAGCUUUCCACCGCAGAGCAGAAUAUCCAGAACGCCAACUCCGCAUCUGCAAGUGCGCGAUUCCGGGAACAGAAUUUGCAGCAGGAAUUGGAACUCACCAAAAAGAACAAUGAAUGGUACGAAACCGAAUUAAAGACAAAGAGCGCCGAACACAGCAAAUUCCGAAAGGAGAAGAGUGCUCGUAUUUCUGAACUCCAACGCGAAAAUGAGGAAGCAAAUUCCACCAUUGAAACACUGAGACGCACCGAAAACUCGCUCAAGAGCCGUUUGGAUGAGACCGAGCAACGUUACGAGGAAUCCCUGGCGAGCAUCACUAAGCUCAAGGAAGAUGCGAUUCAAGCAUCUGAGUCCUUCCGCAUCGAAUUGGACAGCGCCAACCGACUUGCUGAGCUUCAAGGAUCUGCCGCUCAAACCGCUAAGCAACGUGUUCAAGAGUGCCAGCUGGCACUCGAGAAAGCUAAGGAUGAUGCGGCAGAAGAAAUAUCUCGUUUGCGUGUUGAAAUAGAAUCUGAUCAUGCCGACAAGACUGCUGCUGAGAAGCGUGUUUCUGAGCUUGAAGUGGCCAUCGCACAAUUGGAGUCUGACGGAGGUCGCAAUCGAUCCAUGAGUCCAGCUCGCUCGUUGAACGGUUUCGCUCCUAGUACUCCAAUGCGCGCGGGAACCCCGGGGGGCACUUUCUCCCCUCGAGCUUCUCGAACCAAGGGUGGCCUUACUCUGACUCAGAUGUACACUGAAUACGACAAGAUGCGGAUGCUACUUUCUUCUGAGCAACGGACUAACCAAGAGCUGCGGUCCACUGUGGAUGAAAUGGUCCAGGAAUUAGAGUCCAGCAAGCCUGAGAUUGAUGAAUUGCGAGCAGACCACAGCCGCCUCGAGAACGCUGUUAUGGAAAUGUCAAAUAUCCUUGAUACCGCCAACAAGGAACGGGAAAAUGCCACCAAAGAGGCACGGAAAUGGCAGGGCCAGGUUGAGGGCCUGACCCGCGAGGGUAGCAUUCUCCGCCAACAGCUUCACGAUAUUAGCGCCACCGUCAAAGUGCUUCUGUUAGAAGUGGCUCUUGCCAAGGAAGGCGAAGAUUAUGACCGCGAGGAGUUAGAACGAAUCGCUCGCAAACAAGUUGAAGAUAACUCUGCCGAACUCAAUGCCACUGGCCGCUGGAUCAGCGAAAAUGUGACUACGUUCAAGAACCUGCACGAUUUACAACAACAGAAUCUGGAUCUCCGUCGUAUGCUCCGUGAAAUUGGUGAUAAGCUGGAGAGUGAGGAAGCUCGUGAGAAGUCGGCUGUUCACCAACAGGAGCAGGAAGAAUUGAAGGAACUGCGCAUUCGAUGCCAGACUUACCGGGACGAAAUUGCCAACUUACUCUCCCAAAUCAAGAGUUACGUGAAAGAGCGUGAUACCUUCAAGAGCAUGUUGAGUCACCGCCGGCAGACCGUCGGUGAUCCCUCUGUUUUCUCGCAAUCUAUGCCCCCUGGUACCAUUCCUCCUGGAGCCGCUAGCAGCCAGUCUGGUGAUAUGAACGGUUCUGCCGAGCUGCUUCGAAGUGUUCAAGCUCAAUAUGAUACUUAUCGCGAAGAGAUGGCAUCUGAUCAUGCCGCUCUUCGUCAACAAAUCAAUGAGCUUUCCCGGAAGAACAGCGAGCUUUUGAGUGAGAUCAGCCGGUCAAGCAGUCAACUUGCAGGCGCAUCACAACGCGCAGAUCUUCUUCAAAGCAACUUCACCAUGUUGAAGACUGAGAACAGUGAUCUUCAAAAGCGCUAUUCCACUCUUCUUGAAAAUGCCAACCGACAAGAUAUUCGCACACAGCAAGCUGCUGAGGAUCUUGUGGAGGCCAAGGGUCUUGUAGAGAGUCUUCAGCGUGAGAAUGCAAACCUAAAGGCCGAAAAGGAUCUUUGGAAGAGCAUUGAGAAGAGACUACAGGAUGACGUCGAAAAUCUUCGAAACGAGCGGACCCGACUCGACUCUUACAACGCCAACCUUCAAACCAUGCUGAACGAGCGUGAGCACACCGACACGGAGACUCGUCGACGACUUCAAUCAAGUGUUGAGACCCUCGAGUCUGAGCUCCAGUCCACCAAGCGCCAACUCAACACCAUCACAGAGGAGUCCAAACAGGCUAGUCUACGCCGUGUUUACGAACAGGAACAAAGCCAGAAGCGUAUCGAUGAUCUGGUGACCAGCUUGGGCGCAGUUCGGGAAGAAUUGGUUGCGAUCAAGACCACCAGGGAUCAUCUGCAAUCUCGCGUGGAGGAGCUUACAGUCGAGCUCAAGAGCGCAGAGGAGCGCUUGCAGGUCGUCCAGUCACGGCCCAGCGUAUCUGCGAACGCCACAGAAACCCUUGCUGCUGACAGCCAGGGAGCCGAAGAGGGUAGUGGUCUCACUCGCGAGCAGGAACUGGCUAUUGAGGUUUCGGAGCUGAAGCGCGACUUGGACUUGGCGAAAGGCGAGCUUGCCCAUGCUAAGGAGCAAGUGCAAGAAUACCAAGCCAUUAGCCAGUCCACCGAAGAGCGUAUGGAGGCAGAGGCAGAGACCAACGCGCAGUACCGGGAGGAGACCGAUCGUCUUAUCGAGGAGAAGGACAAGAAGAUCAAGGAUUUGGAAGCUCGCGUUGAGGAGAUCUCUUCGGAGCUCUCUGCCUCCAAUGCCGAAAUUACCAAGAUUCGCGAAGAGCAGACCGAAGCCACACGACACCUCGAAGAGCAGAAAAUCUCUCUUGAGUCUGAAGUCACUCGCCUCAAGGAUGAAAACGAAAGACACAUCGCUGCUGCUCAGUUCCACCAAGAGGAUAUCAAGGCACAGGCCGAGAUCGCCCAAAAUGCCCAGCAAAACUAUGAAACUGAGCUCGUCCGCCACGCUGAAGCGGCCAAGAACCUGCAGAUCGUCCGUGCAGAUGCCAAUCAGCUCAAGCUGGAAAUGGCCGAAUUGCGGACUCAGUCUGAGAAUUAUAAGAAGGACUUGGCUCAGAAGGAGGAGAGCUGGGUUGAACAGCGCGCCAGGUAUGAGGGUGAAUUGGCAGAGUUGCACAAGCGCCGCGAGGAGGUACUUCAUCAAAACUCUCUGCUUCACACUCAACUUGAGAACAUCACUACACAAAUCUCUGCCCUAAAGCGUGACCGUGCCAAUGUCCCCGAGUCUUAUGAUCAAGAAAGUGAGCAAGCGGGCUCAAACCUGGAGGGUCUUCAAGAAGUCAUCCACUUCUUACGUCAAGAAAAGCAAAUCGUGGAUGUGCAGCUCCAUCUAUCUGAACAAGAAGGCAGACGCCUUCGACAGCAGUUGGAUUACACACAAACUCAACUUGACGAGACAAGGCUCAAGCUUGAGCAGCAACGCCGUGCUGCUGCCGAUAGCGAUCAUAAUGCUCUUAACCACAACAAGCUCAUGGAGACGCUCAAUGAGCUAAACCUUUUCCGCGAGAGCAAUGUGACCCUUCGCAGCCAAGUUAAACAAACGGAAAGCUCCCUCGCCGAAAAAUCUGCUUUGAUUGAUGAGCUUCGUCAGAAGAUUGAGCCCCUGGAGACAAAGAUUGUCGAGCUAGAGAACAUCGUGGAAGGCAAAGACGGGGAGAUGCAGAUCUUGCAGGCGGACAGAGAUCGUUACCAGCAGCGUGUGCAGAACAUUCUCCAGAAGUACGAUCGGGUCGAUCCUGCGGAAAUGGAGGCUCUCAAUGAGAAGAUCGCAGGCCUAGAGAAAGAGCGGGAUGAAGCGAUCGCUGCUCGAGACGAGGCUGUGUCCGCUCGCGAUGCUCUUCAGGCUGAGGUCGACUCAUUCCCCGAGCAGUUGAGGAUCGGUUCCGAGGCCCGAGUGAAUGAAUUACGCACGAAGCUUACGGAGCAGUUCAAAGGCAGAUCCAAGGAACUUUCAGGACGCAUCAAUAGCAAACAACAAGAACUUAAUGUUGCCUUGCAGGAGAAGGAAGUGAUACAAGAAGAGCUGACCACAACAAAGGCGGAGUUAGCAGCACUCAAGGCCAACGCGGCUAACGGCUCCGCCCAUGUAGCCGCGCCUACAACACCCGCACCGGUUCCUGCUGUGCAAGAAGAAUCCACCGCGGUCAAUCCUACGCCAGCAUCCCAGUUCCCUACUUCGACCACACAGGUUAUCGCCUCGGGUGACGAGCCGAAGAUCAAGGCACUGGAAGAGAAGAUCCAACGUCUUGAGGCCGCCCUUGCUGAGAAGGAUGCUCUUUUGGCAUCAAAAGAUGCUGAACUGGAGGCCAAGAUCAAGGAGCGUGCCGAUCGACUUAAGGAGGUCUUCAACAACAAGCUCGCUGAAGUCAGAGCCGCCCACCGCCAAGAAAUGGAAAAGCUGUCAAGUGGGGAGACUCCCGUGCCUGCUACACCUGGCAUCGCCGCCGACUCGGCACCCACGACGCCGUCCAAAACCUCCGCUCUGCCCGAUCUGACAGAUGCUCAAGCGCGCUUGCUUGUCACAUCGAAUGAGACUAUCCGCACUAUUAUACGCAACAACAUCCGCAACCACAUUGCGAAAGAAAGGGAGAAGAUCAUCCAAGAAGUCCAGUCAUCCUCCACUGGAAAUGACGGCGCUGCUGCGGUGAUUGAACAGAAGUUCAAUGAGGAGAGAGAGGCCCUCAAGAAAGCCUAUGAGGCAGAGGUGGAAGAAAAGGUCAAAUCCGCCCGCGAACUUUCCGACAAGAAAUCCGCUGCUCGCAUCAGCAUGCUGGACGCUCGAAUGAAGACCGCACAGGCCAAGAUUGAGGUUGUUCAGAAGGCCGCUGGCGAGACUCCGCAGAAGCCUGUCGUCGAGGUCUGGGAGGUAGCCAAAACAGCACGGCCAUCCGCCCCUGCGCCUAAGCCGGCCCAAUCGCCCGCUGUGCCUGCUUCUCCUGCCCCUACGGUACCUGCGCCGGCGCCUGCUGCCGUACCGACCCCAGCGCCAGCUCCAACUCCAACUGCAGCUGCUGAACAAAAUGCUCCCGCUGCUACAGGCCUCGAAAGUGCCACAGUGCCCGAACCAACAGCGACAGAUGGUCAAAUAGAAGAAGGCGAGGCUAAAGAGGCUACCACUCCAGCCAACCCAUUUGGCCAAUCACAGCAGAACAGCCAGGCCAGCCAGCCUUCUUCUUUACCGAGUAAACCACCUCCUGGAACUGCUCCUGCGGCAUUGAAAGCUCUUCAAUCGGGACUUCCAGUCGCCCGAGGCGGUCGUAACGCGGCCCGCGGCGGAGGUCAGCAGAAUCCCUUUGGCCAUGGCCAGCAACAGCAACAGCAACAGCAACAGCAACAGCAGCAAGGUCAAGGCCAGAGCCAGCGUGGAACUGGUCUUCCUCGAGGACGCGGGGACGCGGGGGUGGCCAGGGCCGUGGCGAACCAGCCCCAGACACCCGCGGCCAAUCGUGGAAAUCUGAAUGUCCAAGCCAAGCAGUUUGUUCCUCAACAAGGCAACAAGCGAGGCCGUGAUGAUAAUUCUGAUGCUGCAAAUGACGGUGGUAGUGGUGGAAAGCGGAUGCGAGGAGGCGGAGGACAAGCGCGCGGAGGAGCUUCCUCCUAG